AAAUUCCGCCUAAACACGUGCAGCGCACGGGGUAAAGUACUAGUUAUUAUUUUAAUUUUUAACAAAUGUUACUAUUACAGGCCUGUCUGUGAGUACGACCGAGUCGGUGUAUCUAUCUAACUCUACUCCUCCUCGUUUUCAACAAUCAGUAGAAGCAAAAAUGAAUAAUGGCGAGGAAGAGAAAGAAAAUUCAGUUGUUGUUGAAAAAGUGGGUGGCAGAUCAUCAAUCACAACCUGCUUAUCAAGAUAUCCCCUCAAAUUCAUCUCACCUAAAAAGGUUGGUCCUUCCAGUAUUGAUGCAGUGUGGGUUUAUGUUCUCAAUUAUGGAGGUGGAAUUGUAUCGGGUGAUCGCAUUUCAUGCAAGUUUUCUGUUGGAGAUGCUUGCACCAUGGUCUUAACUACCCAAGGAUCUACUAAGGUCUAUAAAUCGGUGGAAUCUAAGUGUUCUCAUCAAACAUUAGAGGCUAGAGUAGGAAGCGAAGCACUUUUAGCCAUCAUUCCAGAUCCUGUAACAUGUUUUUCCACUGCAAGAUAUCAUCAGAAACAAGUCUUCAACAUGUCUUCGGACUCAAAUUUGGUCCUUGUUGAUUGGAUUACUAGUGGGCGUCAUGAAAGUGGAGAAAAAUGGGAUUUUGAUCUUUAUAGAAGCACAAAUAAUAUAUUCUUUGAUGAUGGUCAACCUUUGUUUCUGGAUACGAUGUUACUAGAGAAAGACAAAUUUGGUCUUGUAAAGGAACACAUGCUGGACUACCAAGUAAUUGCAAUGAUUGUGCUCCUAGGGCCAAAGAUGCAGUAUAUCCAGAAUCUAGUGCAAGAUAGCGUGAAAAGAAUUAUGACUGAGCAAUUACAGAAUCCUUCAGCUGGAUUGAGUCACCAAAAGACCAAGGCUGACUUUUUCAUGACAAAACCAACCUUGGUGGCUUCUUGCAGUGUGUUUGGUCCGAAGAAAAUUGGUCUUGUUGUUCGAGUGGCUUCCGUGACAACUGAGUCUGUUUACAAGUUUCUUCGACAUCAGUUGGCUCCCUUGGAACCAAUGAUUGGAGUGCCACCUUACAGGUAGAGUGGCGUUAAUUGCAGACCUAUAUGUGUAAAAAACUAUACAUUCCUUUUUUCAUGUAUGUUAUAUAUUUAUGGUAAUAAAUCUCCCAUCUAUUUAAAAUGGUGCUAAACUUCAUCUAACUGGAGCUAAAUUGUGAACCUUGUAUGACUUCUCUUGCCUUUCUGGAAAA